UACGUACCAAAAGUCGAUGUUAAAAUGAAAGAGUGGUUCUUUGUCGAAGGCGGGUUCUCUUAAACGAAUGACAAUAUUCAUUCACUUUCAUUUUAGCGGUCUUAAGGUUGGUGAUAGCGACAUUGACCAGCAGCAUUAGUUAUUUGUUAUUGAUUAUUAGACAUACAUGAUGUUGGACCGGUUUUGGUUUGGACUGGCACCGAUUUUAAUAUCUAGUCUUUUGGUCGUUGACAUCAGUGCCUUAAAAUCACCAUGGCGAUAUGAAUGUGUGGAAGGCUACUGCCAAAAAAGACCAAUCACUAACGAGACUGAAAACACUGCCUUAAGUUUGCCAGCUUGCAGAAUAUUCUGUGCGGAUGUUGCAGCAAUAUGGCCCAAACCUACAGGAGAUGUGUCUGUAGGAAACUUUCUGACAGCGAUCAACAUCAAUAGUAUUGAUAUAUUGGGUGCAAAAUCUGAAAGUCCAAUUUUCUCACUGGUCAGAGGAGCUUCCAAAAUAUUCAGAAAACAUAUUGAAGUUCUGGUAUCAAGGAAUGUCGUACCCAAAGGAGGAAAAUCUUUAGUCGUUACUUUGGACAUUAAAAAUUCCAAUAUCGAUCAAUUCAGUUUAGACUUAGAUGAAAGUUACACGCUUAAAGUUUCUGAAUCUUCAGAUGGUCGAGUUCAAGCUUUAGUGACCGCAACAAAUUUUUUCGGUGCUAGACAUGGGCUGGAAACGUUGAAUCAACUGAUAAUUUUUGACGAUUUAAGGGACGAAUUGCAAAUUGCCAGAGAUGUCCUCAUCACCGAUAAACCUGCAUAUCACUAUCGAGGAAUUCUACUAGAUACUUCCAGAAAUUUUAUAACGGUUGAAAGCAUUAAGAAGACUCUAACGGCAAUGGGAGCGGCAAAGUUAAAUACUUUUCACUGGCACAUUACUGACUCUCAUAGUUUUCCUUAUGUGUCCAAAUCACGACCGGAACUAUCCAAAUAUGGCGCUUAUUCUGCGGAUAAGGUUUACACUGCUCAAGAUGUCCAAGAGAUUAUCCAAUAUGGCAAAGAAAGAGGUGUGAGGGUACUGCCUGAAUUUGAUGCUCCAGCCCACGUAGGAGAAGGUUGGCAAAACACCAACUUAGUAACAUGCUUCAACUGGCAACCAUGGCAGGACUACUGUGUGGAGCCUCCGUGUGGCCAGUUUGACGUCACCAAGCCAGAAUUGUAUGACGUAAUUGCGGGUCAGUAG